AUGCCUGAUUUUUGUCGUGUUGACUAUUACAAUUUAGACAUAAGAUCAUCAACAAGUGACUCAUCAAAAUUUAGCUAUUGUCGUUUAUCAUCAUUAUCUAAUGAUAUUCGUAUUUAUAAUACAUUAUUAGGCAUUGAUGUUAAUUCUAUGGUUUUCAUUUUCAAUUGCUUUUUGAACAAUGAUGAAACAAAUCAAUAUGCAUUAAAAAUUACCAAUAAAUCCGUUGAUAAAGGCCCAGGUCAAAAAAGCACGAUCGUAUACGGAGUCCGUAAUCGUCGACCUGUGUAUAAUGGUACAUUAUCAACAGUCUCAACUUUUAUUCUUGAAGAAUUAUCAAAUGAUAGACAUCGACCUAUUGAAUGUCUUCCAAUUGAUGAGUGUAUAUCAUUUAUGAAAAUGAUUUUAUUAGAAAUUAUUUUAGAAAAAUACAAAGAAGCUGUUUCAUCAAAAAUUCAACAAGGAUCAUUUACUGAUAUUAUUCUUGUUUAUGAUCAAAUUAGGGAUAGUUUUAAAAAUAAACAACCAAUUAUAAUGAAAGUAAUUGAAUUUUUAGAAAAACAUCGUUCAAUUUUAAAUGUUGAAAAAUUAAAUAAUUAUAUUGUUGAAUGUAUCAAAAAUCGUCAAUGCUUAAUUCAAUUAGAAAAUUAA